UCGGAAAGCUUCGGCUCUCACUGUUCGCCAACAAAACACAGUUUGAAAAUAUAAAUGUUUGUCAUAACCCAGGCAGAUCCAUUAGCGACGAGCGGCCUGUUCUGGACAUGUGGCCCUGGGGUUUUAAAGGACGACCAGGGCUUUAUUUGUGGUAGUUUUGUGAGAAGAAAGGCAGAUGGUGGACUAAAGCCAGCGCGACAUUCACUGCUAACACGCGCUAACACAUCUCCAUGGUUUCUCUCUAAAGUGUUUUUAAUCUGUGAGUGUUUUCUGGCGUGGAAUUGGAGAGGAGGAAGCCAGAGAGGGGGAAUCAUAUAAGCCGAAAGGAAAUGCCAAUCGCCACUACUGGUCAUUCAGCGUCUCGAGAGCCCCGCGUCUGUUCCCCGGACCCCGUCCCCAAGCGUGCUGAUUUAUGCGAGGGCGCAGGGGCCCAGCCAACAGAAUACGGGGGUUCGGAGGGGGGCCACAGCCUGGGCAGCACUAGAUUCUCUGGAGCACUUGAGAGCUCCUCUGCGGCGUCUCAUUCACCUCCUACUUCCCCUUUCCUCCACCACCACCACCAUCAUCAUCAUCACCCCCAUCCAGUGACUAUGGAGCCCCCCAGGACUCGAUCACGCUCACGGUCUGGAUUUUACCACGGUGGAUUAUCUAACUCGAACAGUAAUGCUGGGAAUGGUGGCGGUGCACUAAGUCCAGCUGGAGGACUAAACCACCACCACCACCAACAGCAGCUCGGAGCUGCUCAUGGACACACGGAAAACCUGCGCCCUCCCGGGAACAUGCUUUCUCCAGGUGCCCACAGAUACAUGGGGCCUGGAACGCACAGAAACUCUGGAGCAGGUGCAAUGGGAGGAGUUUACCACUAUCAUUCAGAGCAUGCGUGUGCCGACGCCACCGACAAGACGGAGGAUUCUCCCAGUCCGAAGAGACAGCGUCUUUCUCAGCAGUCUGUACUGGAGUUUACCUCUGCUCCUCCUUCCACACCCUCACCACCAAUCAGACCAUGGGAGCUUCCGCCCAGUCGCAGGCCACACCCCUAUCCCCACCCACACUACCACCCUGAGCGCUGCCACACACCUGCACGGCACAGACGCAGUCCUCCAGUGCGGCGUCAGCGCGGCCGGCGAGAGCGUCUGUCACGGCACCAUCCCCCUCAUGGGUCCCCGGGUGGGGGACAGGAUGAAAACUAUCGCCACCAUCCUCACCCACAUUCUCUUCAUCCCUACGGCCAGCCACCAUCCCACCCUCCGCCGGGCCUUGAUGAGCCCCGCGCCUUUCACCCCCCCACGCUCUCGCCACGGUUAUUGCACCCCCCGCAGCAGGGAGCUAUUAUGAUGGAUCUCCACGAGCAGCUCCCUCAGGGUACAGUUCCGGUGUCAUAUACAGUUUCUCCAGUGCCGCCCCAUGGUCUACCUGCCCCCCUCUGUACGGGACAGCAUCUCCCAGCAUGCUCUUCUCAACAGCAGGUGCCCACCUGUUCUGUGGUCUUCAGUGGACAGCAACACUAUCCAAUCUGUAGCGUACCUCCUCCUAUGUUGCCGGCAUGUUCAGUGCAGCAUUUGCCAAUGCCGUACGCCGCAUUUCCUUCUCUCCUCUCCAGUGAUCCACCCUUCCUGCUUCAUCCGCCGCAUCUAUCACAUCAUCCGCCCCACCUCCCCACGCCUGGACAGUUCUUACCCUUCCAGACGCAACAGUCUCGAUCUCCGCUGCAGAGGAUCGAGAAUGAGGUUGAGUUAUUGGGGGAACACCUGUCAGUAGGUGGAGGGUUUAACUAUCCCCAUCCGGGACAUCCUAGUCCUCUGCCCCCUUCCACCCCACUGCAGUUCCUCUCCCAUGAACCCCUGCCCCAGGAGCUCUUUGGAGUGCCGUAUCCACACUUCAUGCCUCGGCGAAUCACAGGCAGACGUUACCGCUCUCAGCAGGCUGUACCUCCACCUCCUUACCACCCAAGUCUGCUGCCCUACUUCCUAUCUGUUCUUCCAGUCCAGCCAACAGCAGUGGGUCCCACCAUUAGCUUGGAGCUGGAUGUAGAUGAUGGAGAGGUUGAGAAUUAUGAGGCUCUGUUAAACCUUGCUGAGCGUCUUGGAGAAGCAAAGCCUAGAGGUUUGACAAAAGCCGAUAUCGAACAGCUGCCUUCCUACAGAUUCAACCCCAGCAACCAUCAGUCAGAGCAGACUUUGUGUGUAGUGUGCAUGUGUGAUUUUGAGUCUCGUCAGCUGUUGAGAGUACUGCCCUGUAAUCAUGAAUUCCAUGCCAAGUGUGUCGACAAAUGGCUCAAGGCUAACAGAACCUGUCCUAUUUGCCGAGCCGAUGCCUCUGAAGUCCAGCGGGAUUCUGAGUGACGCUGCUCCCCGAACACACACACCACUAAACACUUCAGUCAUUCUCCCACCGUUACAUUCAGUUAACUUCCACAUGCACACAGAUGACUGCUGCAAAAGAUUCAUAAAAACUUUAUGCAUCAAAAGCAUGGUUUGCUAUUCAUCUAUGAAUAUCCAACUAAUUGAGACACACACAAACUCAUCCCUUUGGAUGUUUGAUCACUAAUUCUUUGAGUGGAAGUCCAAAGAUUAUGAUUCAUAUUAUCAAUCUGGUUAUGGUCUGGUUCUGAUAUUGUUUUUUUUCUUUUUUUUCUUUAUAUAAAUCUAUAUAUAGUUUAGUUCUCCCCUUUGGGGACAGGUGUUGAUAUGUUGCAGUCUCAGUGAGUGAGUGAGUGAGUGAGUGAGUGAGUGUGUGCACUAACAUUCCCGGCUAUGUGAGCACACUGUGGUGUGGUGGUCUUUACGAAGGUUAAUGUUGUGAGCAUGGGCUUUAAUAUUUUACCAACAAAUAUAGCUAUAUAUAAAUAUGUAUGUAUCAAUAUAGAGGGACAAAAUUUUUUUCUUUUUU